GGGAAGAGCUUCAGCUCGCGCUCACAUCUCGUCAGUCACCAACGCAUCCACUCAGGAGAGAAACUCUUCAAGUGCCUGGAGUGCGGGAAGAGCUUCAUGUCGAGCUCAGACCUCGUCAUCCACCAACGCAUCCACACAGGAGAGAAGCCCUUCAAGUGUCUGGAGUGUGGGAAGAGCUUCAUCUCCAGAAGCUGAACUCAACCAAAGAGUGACUUCAAACAGAAGGGGUACACCUGUGGGGACUGCCAGAAGAUCUUCACGAGGAAGAGCAACCUGAUCCGUCACCAACGCAGCCACACAGGAGAGAAGCCCUUCAAGUGUCUGGAGUGUGGGAAGAGCUUCACCUCGCGCUCACACCUCGUCAACCACCAACGCAUGCACACAGGAGAGAAGCCCUUCACGUGCCUGGAGUGUGAGAAGAGCUUCACCUGGCAAUCAGCCCUCAUCAAGCACCAACACAUCCACACAGGAGAGAAGCGCUUCAAGUGCCUGGAGUGCACCAAGAGCUUUGUAACAAGCACUGACCUCCUGCGGCACAGGUUGACACACAGGAAGGAGAAGUCCUUGUCCUGCACCACUUGUGGGAAACACUUUGCAAAUCAUUCACACCUCUUUGACCACCAACGCCUCGACAUGGGAGAGAAACCAUACACCUGCCUCCGCUGCAAGGAGACCUUCCA